AUGGCAAAAAAGAAACUUAAAGAAUUUUUGAUGCAGAUUAUUGAAAAUACUGAAAAACCAGCAGAUAUAAAACUAGAAUACAAAUUUAAUCAUGCAUAUGAAAACAGAAAAUUAAAAUUCCAAAGAAUAUCCAUUCUAUUUCAACACAUCAAAAUACAACAACCAAAAGACACAAACAAAACUUUACCGGACGUUCCUUUCCGUCUGCAACAAUUUCAGAUAAUUACUACCCAUUAUAAUGCGGCGUUAUAUAAGGCAGGAUACAACCAAAAAAUUACCUAUAUUGAUAAAGAGAACUUACAUAUUCCUAAUAAAAGAAAUAACAAUAACCACGUAAACAACAAUAGUGAUAGCGCCGGAAAUAAAAGUAGAUGUAGAUUUAAUGUGACAACAAAUCUAAAUGGAAAUAAGAACAAAGAUAAGAACAUAGACCAAAACAUAGGUAACUCGGAUAGGAUAAAUUUAGGUAAAACAAAGAAGCAUACAAUUAGUAACAUUGAUAAAGAGAACUUACAUAUUCCUAAUAAAAGUAGUAACAAUAGCCACGUAAACAACAAUAGAGAUCACGCCAGAAAUAAAAGUAGGAGUAGAUUUACGGUGACAACUAAUCUAAAUGGAAAUAAGAAUAAUGAUAAGAACAUAGACCAAAACAUAGGUAAUACGGAUAAGAUAAAUUUAGAUAAAACAAAGAAGCAGGCAAAUAAGAACAUUAAUAAACACAACGACUCUGGUGAAAGUAAGAAUGAUUCAACUAACCCCAAUUCUAAUUCUAGGAAAUUUAAUAAGAAAGAUUUUGUGGCAAAUUACAAGGAACAGGCUUUGCAACGGUCAUGUAACCAUCCAAGUUUGAAAGAAGAGUUAAUCUUUGAUCUGCAAGAUAUGUUGCAUGCAAACAGUAGCUACAUCAGAAGUUUCAAGUAUACAGUGGAAUCUGCACCACCCACUGAAUGCAACAUAGUUAUUGAUGCAGACAAAAAGCUUAUUACUGAGCACAGAGGCGACUAA